AUGAAACGUAAAGAAAGAUCUGGUCCAAUAGACACAUUUAUUAAAAAAAAGAUCAACAGUGUUUCAACUGUUUCAAGUAUACCAAAUAAAUUGGACAUUGGUAAUUUUAUUGACAAGAAUAAUGAAAUGAGUGAUUUUACAAAAUAUUCCAUUCUCAAACGUUGUAAUGUUCUUAAAGAUUUUACCUAUCCAUUUUCACUACAUUUUAAACAAGGCAAACAAGAAAAACGUUUUUUAAGACCAAAUCAUUUUGAAAAAUAUGCUUGGCUUGAGUACUCACAUGUAAAGUCUGGAUUAUUUUGUAAAUACUGUGUAAUAUUUUUAGUGUCAAAAAAAUGUGGUAGAAGAAAUACUGAGCAACUGAAAAACCUUGUUACAGAACCAUUAAAGAAUUUUGCAAAAUUAACUGGUAAAUAUGGUUAUUUAGAUAAACACAACAACAAUUUGUACCAUAAAAACUGUAAUCAGUUUGCUAUUGACUUUCAAAAAACUUAUUUAAAUCCUGAAACUAUUGUCGUGAAUAUUUUAGAUUCACAAAGAAUGAGACUCAUAAAAGAAAACCGAGAGCGUCUUAAACCUAUAUUAGAAACAAUUAUAUUUUUAGGAAGGCAAAAUAUUGCGUUUAGAGGACACAGAGAUGAUGGCAAUCUUAUGACAGAGUCCAUUGUGAAUGAAGGAAAUUUUAGAGAGAUGUUAAGAUUCAGAGUAAGGGCAGGUGAUACUAGGUUAGAAGAUCACUUAAAAACGUCGAGUUCUAAAGCUACAUAUAUUAGCUAUACUAUUCAAAAUGAAUUAAUUGAAGUUUGUAAAAAAGAAAUAACAUUUCAUAUCUUAAAAGAAAUAGAACAGGCUAAAUUUUACAGUAUAAUGUUUAACGAGACGACAGAUAUUUCUAAAAUGUCUCAAAUGAGUUUAAUUGUUCGUUACAUUUAUAAUGAAAAAGUAUAUGAAAGAUUCAUUGCAUUUAUUGAUUGCCAUCAGUAUUUAUACAAGGGACAAACUGAAGAAGAAAUUGAAGAAGAAGUUACUAUUGAAAUUGAACCAAAAAUAACUGGAAUAGCUACUGAUGGGUGUACAGUUAUGGUAUCAACAACCAAAGGUGCAGUAAAAAAAAUUCAAGAAACUGCAAAAAAUGCACUGUACAGUCCAUGCAAUAACCAUGCUUUAAACUUGUCAUUGUCUAAGUGUUCAACAGUUCAAAGUGUUCGUAACUGUGUUGGUACAAUGAAAGAAAUAAUAUCAUUUUUUAAUGUAUCAGCAAAACGUCAUUACAUACUAAAAAAUACACUUAAAGGCCACAAUCAUCUUAUCAGUAUUUGUGAAACUCGUUGGGUCAAAAGACAUGAUAUCACACACCAUGCAAGUAAAAUUCUUCAAUUAAGAGAUCAAGAUAUUUCAUCUGCUUUUAAAAUUGUUGAAGAUAUUAUAUCACUUUUAAAAGAAAAACGCUCUAACGCUACAGAUGUCUUUAAUAAUAUAUAUAAAGAAAGUGUAUGUAUAAUGAACCUUCUAGAAAUUGAAAUCAAAGUUCCUAGAAUUGUUGGAAAACAAAAAAACCGACCUAAUCCAACUAAUUUAAGUAACUUUGAAGACUAUUACAGAACUACCGUAUUCAUUCCACUCCUUGACAAUGUAAUUGAUGACUUACAGCAUAGAUUUAUAAAUUCAAACAAUUUAAUACUACAAUCGCUAAUGAAAUUAGUAUCAAAAAAUAUAUCAGAUUUUAAUAAUAUUAAUCAAUUAGUUAACCAGAUAAGUGAAGCUGUUAAACACUUUUCAUGUUUCACAAAUAUUUGUGACUCAACCUUAAAUUCAGAGCUGGAACUAUGGUUUAUAAAAUGGAAACGUCUAAUAUCUGAAGGCAAUGGAGUAUCAAUGAUGCUAGCUUUAAAUGAAUGCUCUAGUGAUAUUUACCCAACUGUUAAACAGUUGCUCAUAACUAUUUACACUUUGCCUGUAAGUGUUGCCUCUGCAGAGAGGAGCUUUUCUACACUUCGCAGAUUAAAAACCUGGUUGAGGUCUCGCAUGGGGGAAGAACGCUUAACUGGCUUAGCGCUUUUACACAUUCACAGAGACAUACAACUAAAUGUGGAAGACAUCAUUGACAGAUUUGCUAAGGAGAAAAAAAGAUGUAUUGAUUUGAUUUUGUAA